CGCCGGCCAAUAAUUCCCGCACUUCCUCCUCGGGGGUGUGUUGAGCCGCCCUCGCCAGGUACUGUGUUGAGGCUUCUAAUUGCCUUAUGCGGUGACGUUGAGACAUAAACGUGCUCAUAUGAAACACAGUACGUACGGGCACGAUACUAACGGAGCUCCCUGGGCAGUCAGUGCCUUGAAGUGUGUGGCCGAGGUCACCACAAGAUAACCUCCUGACUUUGGGAACACGGGCAAGCAUGUCGAAGGCCACACUACAAUUAUAACCACCUAAUGACUAGUAGCAUUACCUUAUGUUCUAUCUUAGAAUCAGAACACCUUGAAAUGACCUCGGGGACGGGGUGAAAGAAAGCUUGAGUGUGUUCCACAAGUUGUGGCUGAUGUACCAUGAUGGUGGACUUGGGUGGGGGAGCCAGGGAGCAUUUACAGAAUGCAAGUGCUGAGGAAUCUGAGGAACCCUUGCCCCCGAUAUCUUCAGUUGGGUAUGCUCACCCUGUGUCACGCCCUGCCUCCUGGCGGUCCACAUUCCAGGAACAGGAUACGCCUGACCCCCUCAACUUAGUGGAAUCUGUGCCACACAACCUUAUUCAAGUAAAGAGUGAUCCAGAAAACCUUAGUGGUCUAUGUAUUGGCAAUAGCAGCAGUUUGUCAGAAACUCCUGUUUCUUGUGCUGAGGCUGCUGAGGAUGCUCGAGCCAAGGGGCAGCUGCUGCAGGAAAUCACUCAUGUUGCUGAGACUUUUGAACCAUACAGCUCAUCUUUGCCACCUGGAUGUUACAGGAACUAUACUUUGUCUUCAGAUGCUCCAGCCCAUACAGACUAUAUAUUUGCAGAUACACCUCACUGGUGCUGGAGCCGCAGCUCAACAGAUGAUAAGACCCUCAGUGGGCACAAUGGUGGCAGCUUAUUUACAGGCACUGUGCCAUCCAAUGAGACUGUGAUCAACUCCUUGCAGUACAAUGUUCCACCACACCUCAUGUCAGAUGCCUUCUCAUCAUCGCUGCCACCAGUGUCUGUCAACCAGUCACCCACCUCCGUCCCGAACUGCUCACCUAUUCAGAAACCACCACCUCCACCACCACCACUUUCUGCGUUGACCUCAUCUGCACUAGAUCUCUCACCUGGUCCACCAUCAACAACACACCAGUUGCCAUCAUUGCAGCCUUCACUACUGACUCCAGCCUCAACACACAUGACAACUCUUGGCUCUGUCCCUCCCUCAACACACCAACUCCCUAAUCUCCCACCCUCUCUCAUCUCCUUAGAAAUACCCUCACAAGCACUCUCAGCCCAAGACACUCUGGAUAACACAUUAGACCUGGUGGGGGUAGAAGAGUCUGCAAGUCAUGAGAGAGUGCCAGAGUUUGAGUGUGGAGAGUGUGGGGCUGUGUUCUCACGAUUGCCUCACCUGAAGUAUCAUAUGAAGAUUCAUGGUGAAGUGGAGAAAUCUGAUAAACAAGACUUUACAACAGACUCAUCGAAUUCCAAGUUCAGAGUACAAUCAUCUGAAAAAGUAUUCCCUUGUAAGCAUUGUGGGGAAAAGUUUUCUAGAGCUGAGAAACUCAAGACUCACGAGGUGAAGCAUUCAGGCAACCGCCCAUUCCGUUGUAAUGACUGUGGUGCAGCUUUUCCUGCUAAAGCAAUGCUUAUUAGACAUAAAAAAGUUCACACGGGUGAGAAACCAUACAAAUGUGAUAUAUGCAAGACAUGCUUUACUGAGGCAGGUAGCUUGAAGGUUCAUAAGCGCCUGCACAGUGGAGAGAAACCAUUCAAGUGUGAUCAGUGUGAUGUGGCAUUCAAUGGUGCAGGGAUGCUGGCUACACAUAAGAGGAAACAUACAGGGGAGAGACCCUACAUGUGUGAUGAGUGUGGUGAGACAUUUCGGUUGUUGUCGACCUUGAAAAGUCACAGGAGGAGACACACUGGGGAGAAACCCUUUGUGUGUGAACUGUGUGGGUCAUCUUUUACACAGAGGGCAGCUAUGCAGCGACACAAGAGAAUCCACUCAGAUCAAAAGCCAUGGGAAUGUGGGCAGUGUGGAUAUAAAUUCAGGGAAAAGGAAAAUCUUAGAAAACACGUUGCUCUCCACAAAAUAAAACUACAGCAUAUGUGUGACAUUUGUGGUGCUGGAUUCAAUCAGGCCAAGAAGUUAGAGACUCACAAGAUGCUUCACAAUGGAGGGGACCGACCCUACAAAUGCAAUAAAUGCCCGUCCACUUUCACUAAUCCCAAGUAUCUGACACAGCACAAAAAGCGCGUUCAUGAUAGGAAGGGAGCAAUUAGGUGUGAAGAAUGUAAUGGGACAUUCAAAAGGAAAGAAACUCUUCGUUCUCACAUGAGGAUACACAAAGGAGAGCGGCCUUACGUGUGCGAGGAGUGUGGGGCAGCAUUCAAUCAGCGAGGAACUCUGACUAAGCACAUCAGAGUUCAUGGUAGUCAGGCUUUGAUUAAUAAUCAAGGCAAGAACAUUGAAACAAAAUCUUUUGAUCAUGAUCAAGCAGAUGCAGAUGACCAGACACCACGUGGUGAAAAGGAAGAUGGAGAGGUAGCAUUUAAUUGUUCAAUUUGUAGCCUUCACUUUCCCAGUCAGAGGGAGUUAAUACAACAUAGCAGGUCAAAUCAUUCCUCCAGCAAAAGUCUUCAAGAAAACACAGCAUCUGACCAGGAUGUUGAUGACAGUAGUGAACACAUUAGAGACAAAUAUAUUUGUGAGGACUGUAAUCAAACUUUCUUUAGAAAGCGCCAGCUGAAAGCCCACAAGAAAUACUGUCCGUGCCGAUGCCCGAGUUAUCAGGUUGACUUGCCAGAGAAGGCAGAGGUAACAAUGAUGGCGCAAAGUGAUACAAGAGAAGUUGAUGCUAUGAAGUUGCUGACUGCCGUACUGGCAGCAACCACUAACAACACAGGGGAAGUUUCUGACUUUCACAGUUCAUCUUCUAGUAAUGAAAAUCCACCCUCUGUUCCCACAAUAUCUCUACAUUCUUCUUCAUCAUCAACCAUCACCUCAAAUGUAGAGGAACACCAUGAUCGCCAUGAAUCACUUCGACUCUUUUCUGCGUGUGAUCCGUCUUAUGCAGAACACCUACAUAUUAAUUUCAAGGACAGCCAUUUGAAUCAUUCCCCACAACAUCCAUCACACUUGCCACAGUCACCUCAGCCCCCAGACAGAAUAUUGCAUCAGCCAUCUCAGGAUCACAAUCAGCUAGAUCAUUCACAUCUCUCACUGGAACACAUGUCCCAGGACCAUGUACAACACUCCUCUCACAUGCAAUCUUCAGAUCACCAUUCAAGUCACAUUCUUCUGUCACAGAGUUUUGAGCAUCUUCAUCACAAUUCUCAGCAAUCUGCCCAUCUUCAUCAGCAGCCACCACAACCUGAAGCUCAUAUUCAUGAUCCAAUGCAGGACCACACAGAGCAGGAUCACUCACACCUGAUACCAAGACAGUACACUCACCUGCAACACCCAUUAAAGGAACACAGUCACCUCUCACCACCUCCAAGACAUCAAGACUCACCACACCAAGACACAAGAACACAAAUUAUUAGUUUAAGGGAAGCCGAGGUGCCUGAGUCAUCUCAUGAUACAAAUCCUGUUCAUCAUCUCCAGCUCAAACAAAUUCAUGCACAGCCACAACCUGAUGAUCACCAGAUUGAUCUCAUUGUACAAGGACAGUUUUUCAAGACGUCAUCAUCAUCAUCACUGUCAAGCCAACAUUUGCAUCACCACCAUCUCCCCAACAGUGAAAACAGUAAUCAGAAUGUACACCUUCAAGAACAUCCUAGUCACAUUCCUUCUGACAUAAAGGACCGUGAUGAACUUGAUCACAGCUUACAUCAUCAUCAGGGCCAAGAAGAAACAGAGAAUUGUCAUUGUCAUUAUAAUCAUCACCAUAAUCAACAGUUACCACAGCACCUUAAAGAAAAUGAGGAACAAAAUGAAAGUGAUUCAAACCUGCAUCACCACCAUUGCCACCAUCACCGCCAUCGCCAUCACCAUCACCAUCACCAUCAAGGGCAGCAAAACCCGUUUUGUUCUACUUUAGAGUGUCCAAUUGAUAUAAAGAUAGAGGAUAUUAUGUAAGCUUAGUAAGGAGUAUAUAUUUUAUAUAUAAGUAUGUGAUGUACCAUGCACAAGGUUAUGCUUGUAAAUACUACACUGUAUUUUCACAUGAAUUUAUCUCAGGAAGUAAAGUCUGGAACUACAAAUAUUUUACAGUAUACUAUUUACUGUUUUAUCAAAUUACAGUGUUGAAAAUGUCACCAGAGUUAUGUGCUGUACUUUAUUAGGAAUAUGACAUUUAAGCAUGGAAAAUAUUGGAAAUGUGGAGUUGGAAAGGAAAAGUGACGAAGAGUGAAAAGUAAUAAUGGAAUAUGAGGUACAUGACAAGACAUUGGAAAGUUUGCAGUAUUGAAUAUAUUUGUGUGAUUAUCAGGAAGAUCUAAGAAAUUAAUAUCAGUGAAGGCUGACAGACAACAGAAGGAAGGUGGAAUGAUGUGAUGAUCCUAGUAAAGGAGUAUCAGGUUCCUUGAGAGAGAGAGGAUAAGGAUUAAGAAGCAAUUUUUUUUUAUCUCCACACAUUGUGGGGAAAUAAAUCAGUGAACCCAGCUGGAGGCUGCUCCACGUGCUGCACACUUGAAAGUGGACCACAGAAGGCCAUUGGUAGAUGUCUCUAGCUUCUGCUGUGUGGCUAGGCAUAGUAUCUAUAGUAAUAAACAUAAUAAUGUAAAGGUAAUUAAUUAUCAACAGUGAUAUUAGAAUUUAUUUUUGAGAAUAUGAAACUAUAUAUUUUUAUUUUAUGUAUCAAGAAAAUUAAUGUGAUAGUGAUGUAAUGAUGAUCCAAAUACAAUCAACAGAUAAUCUUCAUCCAGACCGUACUGGUAUCAUGUCUGCUGGAACAAACUGUAUAAAGCCACAAUGCAUUUGUGUUCAGAUCUUUAGUCCUGUUAAUAGUUCACGUGUUCUAAGUUGUUUGUCAUUACAUGAUUGCAUUAUUAGUGAUCACUUAGAGAAUGGUGUUAGUGAAUGCACAUUGGAUCACUAAGAUAUUCAGUAACAUGUAGCAAGAACAGUUUGCCAAAGAUAUAUUGAUAGUCUUCUUUUACAAUGCAUAAUGUCUUAGCUUUUGGUUAACAAUAUAUUGUUUUUUCUUUAUCAGAAAUCAAAGAUCUCAAACCUCAGGAGGUGCAUGAUCCUCAGAUGUUUCAGUGUCAUAUGCCAAAAAUUGUUACUUUGUUACAGUAGUGCAUGCUGAAUGACAACUGUAGUGAAACUUCAUUUCUUUUACUGCAGUUGAUUAUUUUUUAGCCACUUCAUUGUAAUACAUGAGAUGCAACAGCUUUCUUGGAUCUGCACACCCUUCACUAAUACUAUUAUUUUGUCUUUCAGGAGUCGUGAGUCCCUGUCAUUUAUUUUUCAUUAUUUUUUUAUUCAAUUUUUUAUUGACUUUUUUCAACCUAAUCCCUAACAUUUGAUUACUUUAGUUCUUUGCAUUUCAUGAGCAUGUUUCUUUCCUUUGUUGUGCAGAACAGCUAUUUCAGGAAUUAUGCCACUGUGAUAGCUUUCUACAAUAAAAGGGGCCUUCUUGUGGCACCAUGCAACCUGUGUUCAUGAGAUAGACCUUGCAGCAGUGUAGAUUGUACUUCUACAUAAACUUUAUAUCACACAUCUAUUUUUAUGUAAAUUGCAGUCAUAGUUAAAAAAUGAUUAUGUAUUAUGUUUAUUGAAGUAAUUUAAGCCAAUGUUUUUAUGGGUGAGGAUGGAGUUUUAUACAUUUUCAAUUUAAAUAAAAGAAUUUUUAAAAA